GAGGGCAACAUGCCUGCCUUGGCCAACCUGACACAGACGCUGGAAGACGCCUUCAGGAGGAUCUUCGUCACGUACAUGGACAAUUGGCGCAAGAACACGACAGCAGAGCAGGAUGCCCUUCAGGCCCGGGUGGAGGCCGAGAACUUCUACUACGUCAUUCUGUACCUCAUGGUGAUGAUCGGCAUGUUCUCCUUCAUCGUCGUGGCCAUCCUGGUGAGCACCGUGAAGUCCAAGCGGCGGGAGCACUCCAACGACCCCUACCACCAGUACAUCGUGGACGACUGGCAGGCCAAGGACAAGAACCAGAUUCUGAGUCUGGAAGAGUCCAGGGCCACCGUCCACGAGAACCUCGGUGCGGCGGGGUUCCCGAUGUCCCCUUGA